GCUAAAAGCGUCCGUUAAAAUUAAUUAGAACACUUAAAGAACAACGACCCCAUUUCACCUCGCUCCCUCCCCCCCUCUCUGGCUCUCUCAUGCGCUGCGGCAACUUGCAGUAGCUUGCUGGGCCUUUUUCUCCGGUAAGCUUCGAACCGGUGAGCUGCGAUCGCGAAGGCUGGGUCUGCGCGUGAGCUGCUAUACGCCAGGGUGAUACAGGGAAAAUAUGUCAGGCAUGGAGGAUGUCAAAGGGCAUGAAGGGGAUGGUGCCCAAAACUCUGAAAAAUCCUUGCCAUCUUCCCAAGAAGAGGAGGAGGCUGUUAGGAAAAAAUAUGGAGGAAUUAUGCGCAAGAAGCCGCCUCUUAUAUCUAAGGACCAUGAACGUGCUUACUUUGAUUCUGCUGAUUGGGCAUUGGGAAAGCAAGGCGUAGAGAAGCCUAAAGGACCACUUGAAGCCCUUCGGCCCAAGUUGCAGCCCACACAACAGCAAACACGAUACAGGAAAUCUCCUUGUGCUCCAUCAGAUGGUGAAGAUGAAGGAAGUGCUGCCUCUGAGGGUGCAGCAGCCAGUGAAUGAGGGAAUGCCUUUUCAUCCUUCAGUAUUGUGAGGAUUGUUAUUUGUAUUCCAAUAUCUUGAUAGGUAGUGAGUAUUUAUCUGUUGGUUCUGUGAAUAAAAUCUGUGAAGAUGUUUUGAUUGGAGCUGAAUGGUUAAAUACUACAGACAUUUCUGGAAUUGUGACAUUCUUGCUGCAGUGUCUAAUUUCCAAGACGCCUAUUAUUGCAUGUAAAAGCUUCUGUGAUUAAGACUUUUCUUUUGAUAUUUAUUUUUUAAUUAAAAAUGCCUCUGGUGCCUCAGCAGGUAUUAGGAGUCC